AUGGUGGCAAUUGAACUGGACUCUCCGACUACCGGUAUGAUUAAAAUUAUCCGUUACCCCCGAUUUUCCCCGGCCCAGACUCGAAUCGAACCUCUUCCAAAGACUUGGAGCUUGAAAAGCGCGAAAAAGCUGGCAUGGGCGGAGCGGCGGUCGUCGGUGAGAUCUGUCCCACUUGUGUGAGCUCGAAUUUUCUCGUUUUUCCAAAAAAGUUUCCGCUUCAGCAACAAGGCACGGUCAUGAAGGAGCGGGACCAGAAGUGUCUCAUAAUAUGUAUCAUCCUUAGCCUCGGACUGUUCCCCUACGGCUUGUUAAGCUUUCUUUGUUUGCGCAAGGUGCCGACCUGCAACAUGUGCAAGGCUGUUUUUUGA